CAGAGUUAACGAUGAUAACGUUUGGUUUUCAGAUUGUUUUCAAUUGAAUCAUUUACGAGUUUGGGAUGGGGGUUAUGGACAAUUUGCUGCAUAUGGAGUCCGCAAGAGUGGUUUCAUUGAGUAAUGGUAGUCGUUCUGAGGAGAGAUAAGGAAUGUUGCCAAUGGAAAAUGGUCAUUGUGCUUCUCCGAGUGGUUUACCCAAGUAUAAGCGGCAGAGAGCUUCUGCUGUUCGGGAUUUUCCUCCAGGUUGUGGACGGUUUGUCUUGCAGACACCCAAUAGAGAUACUGUUGUUGGUAGAGUUUGCCCUGAGGCAGAUAAUCUUGUGCACUCAUCUAAUCAUUUGGAGAGGCCUGAAUUGGUGAGUGUUGAUCCUGAAGGAGCUUUGUUUCCAGAAUCUGAAAAUUUAAAACCGUUAGAAUGCAAAAUCUCUAGUGGGUCAAAGCAUUUGAAUGGGGCAGAUAUUUGUGCCUCAAAGAAAGAGAUGUCCCUGGAAAGUGGUCUGAAGGCAUUGUUGCCACCUAACCGGCGAAUUGCUGUUCCAAGUAUCAGUGAGGAGAAUUCAGUAACUAAAAUUUAUCCACCUAGGAGAAGAGUUUCAGCGAUAAGAGACUUUCCUCCAAUUUGUGGGCCAAAUGCUCCAUGUAUUGGUAAGGAAGAGUUAUGCAAAGUGAUUGUUUCUUUGAAGAGUUUGGAUGAAGAGAAUUUUGUUACUGAAGAAAGGUCGUUGAGAGGGACUGUGGAGACUGAUGUGAAACAAAUGGAGGAGUAUGGUGAUGUUUCUAGAAUCAUCUGUGAUCAAGAUCUAUCCAAUCUUACAGAACAUGCAACCAUGGGAGUGAAGAAACAUGAUGAGUUUGGAACUUCAUCUAAGAGCAUUGUGAAGGUUGCUGAGGAAGAUGCUGGAAAAAAUAUCAUUACAUCUCCACGAGGGACUGAACAAUAUAGGUUUGACCAUAAGGUUGGUUCAAAAUCAAGCAACAAGGAUGUUGGAGUUUUGGAGGAAAAUUCGGUGAGGGAUAUUGUGUUUCAUGCAGAGGAUAAACAAUUUGAUAGGAAUUGUUCAGAUUUUUUAGGAAGUGGUAAUCAAUUCACAGAGGAAGAUCCUGAUUAUUCACUAGUAGCAUCGAAUUUGGUUAUUGUGCAUGGUCUCAUGGCAUCCCAAAAUUGUCCUUGGAGACAGGGGAAAGGCGCCUUCAAAUGUAAUCGCGCUGUUGUUACUAGUGAAAGCGUUGUUACUGGUGAAAGCAAAAGUAAGAAGCAUGAUAUGCUGCUAGUCUGUGAAUCUGCUUUCACAAGAAAGAAUGAAGCAGAGAGCUCUAGAGGGCCACUCAAUAAGAAGAAUUUAUCAUCAGUUGGAGAGGCAGAUCAAGCUAUGGUUCCGUUAGUGGUUUGGGAUGAGGAAGAUUCUCUUGUAAAUGAUGGGGAAAAUAAAAAAUUUCAAGUGGAUCAUAGAUCUCUUACUUUUGAUGUGAACCUCCUUCCUUCAAUGCGUAAGGGCGCUUACAAUGAUGUUACUGGCGCUCUACACAAAGUGAGGGAAACAUUGCACCUUUUCCAAGGUGUCUGUAGGAAGUUGUUGCAAGAAGAAGAAGCAAAGGUGAAUGGGCAAAACAGUGGUAAGAGAAUUGAUUAUCUAGCAGCAAGAAUUCUCAAAAACAAAGGGAAAUAUAUCAAUGAUAUCAAUAAAAUCAUUGGGUCUGUUCCUGGAGUUGAAGUUGGUGAUGAGUUUCAUUACAGGAUAAAGCUCAAUAUUAUUGGUCUUCACCACCCAACUGAGGGUGGUAUUGAUUAUGUCAAGCAUAAAGGAAAGUUUCUUGCUGCGAGUAUUGUGGCAUCUGGGGGUUACGAUGAUGACUUGGAUAACUCAGAUGUACUGACUUACACAGGUCAAGAAGGGAAUGAGAUCAAUGGAGGGAAAGAACCAGAAGAUCAGAAGCUUGAACGAAGAAAUCAAAUUAGUGAAGGAAGUUCGGUGAAAAGGAAGCUGGACUUUACAACUGAGGCUUUGGAGUUAGAAACUGAAGUGUUUGAUAGGGAUUUAGGGUUCAGGGAAGGUUUAGAAUAUAAUACAAGAAAUGCUGAGGGAGAUUUAAAUGUAGAUAGAAAGAACAUGGGCGAUAUUAACAAGUUUAGGUAUGUUGGUCCAAGUACUUAUAAUUCAUGUCGAACAGAGAGAACAAAUCAGGGGGUGCGUGCUCUGUCUGUUUCAAUUAGUGGGCAGCCGGGAGAAAAUGCUGGGAAGGAACCAGACUUGGGAAAGAAUCACAGGAAUAUCACCCCUUUGGAUGUGUUGAAGAUGCUGGCAGCGAAAUCUGAUUGUGACAGUAGUCUUGAGAAUAGAAGUAUCUUAGAUGUAGCAAAGAGCCGUGGCAUGACUUUCCCAUAGAUAGUUGUUAAAAAGGUAGUUUGUUCAGUAAAAGAUAAAAACCAAUUUAUUGUCUGUUUACUGCACAGUUAUGUAGAAAUGUUCAUUGUAGGAAACAGAAAAUUGGUUUUGGAUGGACAUUUGCGCUUUUGGGAAACUGCAUUUAGGAAGCAAAAGAAACAGAGAAAAUUAGAGACUUUGACGGUGAAUUUGUUUUUUUAAACGCUGCAAGCUUUGAUGGCUGGUGACCCAUUACAGAUUGGAGAAGGAUUUGGAACAUUUUGAACUUUUAAAUUUGCACUUGGAGAUACUUCUUGUGGUUUACUAAUUUCGUAUGUCUGGGAUUUGGGAAGCUUCAUAUGACUUGUAAAGUUAGUAGUUUGGGGACAUGAAGAAAAAUAUGCACAGGAAUUUUAGGUCUAAAACUUGAUAUUUAACUACUGUUGUUUCUUAUAUGAGCUCCGUGUAUGUUUAAUUUGGUUUCUUUAAAGCAGCGUUGUUGGUUGGAGUUAUUUUGUGUAAAGUCAAGCCUCAGAGCUUCAAUUGAAGAAGAAACAGGUAAGUGGUACUUACAUUAUUCUUUGCCCUUGAAUCAAGGAAAUUUAUAGAAUAACUAUUUAAACGUCCCAUCAUAUCUAUCAUAUUCUAGGCAGUAGAUGUUAAAUUGAGAUUGAGAUAGGAAUACUCUAGAAGUCAAGAUUUCCCAUUCUUUGCUGCAAUGUAGAUCUUGAUGCUUUGAAGCACCUUAGAAAGAUGAAGCGGGAAUACUCAUAAACUUGCAUUAGGAUUGCCUAGCAUUUUCUUCAACUCACUACAGAGACAAUUUAGAACUAACUGUGCUGGUAUUCUCCAUAAGGCAUAAAUUCUCACCAAAUGUCAACUCCAUAUGCAUCCCAAAAAGCUAUAAAUAUUUUCUUCACAUGGAAAAAGUGAGCAAAAAUAUAGCAAGCAAACAAAAGGAUUGACGCAAAAGUUACUUUGCAAGAGUUUUGCAUACAUAAUUCUGAAAAUUACCACCUCGACUGCAUUUUUGAGCUAUAUAUUACAAUCUGUUGUCAACCUAUACAAAAAAACCUACCCAUUAUCUCUGAGCAUUUCAUAUUAAAAAAGGUCAAGGGGAAAAUAGUGCAACCAGCAAACCUCUUUCACUGAUGUUUUAGUAUUUGCCAUUUGGCAUGCAAAGUAUGUGGAUCCCAGUCAGAGGAUCUGGUUGAAGGUUCAUACCUGGCAAUCAAGUAACCUUUUGGCAAACGCUAUUAUGGUCGGGCAGGAUUUGGAUAAACUGAUCUACUACUAGUACUAGCCUGUUGGCCAAAACUUGGAGCUGGGUGAAGGAGCUCUGCCUGCGGGAAUGAGCUGUUGGAUGGCACGUCCAGCAGCAAAUCCUGGUCAGAGCUUUCAACUACAAAAUUGAGAGAUUCCAGCAUG